AUGUCGUCCGUGCCCGGGGGCGCAGACAACGCGGGCCCCAUCUCGGUCGUCUCCGCCGCCGCCGGCGACGGCGGCAGUGGCAGUGGCGUUCCGGCGACGUCAACUUUCUGGUGCUACGAGUGCGACAUGAGCGUAAUGCUCGUCUUGUACCCCGAGCCUCUGGCUUGCCCCGUCUGCCGUGGAGAGUUCCUCGAGGAGAUGGAGUCGCAGCACCGUCGUCGCCAUUUCCGAAUCCAUCCCGGACAGCGUACGCUGCCCCUUCCCCAGCUCGGCCACCGCGGCGGCGACACGCUUGACGACUCCGAUCCUCUUCCCCACAUCGGGCGCGCCGGUUCCGGCGACCUAGACGAUCUCAUCGCUCCUUCCAUCGGAAUAGAUCAACGCGGCCCAGAAUCCUUCCCGGCUGCUGAGGAUUACCAUGACAUCUUCGAUCGUCUAAUUGGCCGCAUAGUCUCAUCCGCCUCUGAUGAUCACGACACUGUGGGCGGCGGCGGCGGGCCUAGGCCGGCAUCGAAGAGCUUCGUCGAGACGAUUCCGGCUGUCCAGAUCACGGAGGCCUUCCUCGCCGCCGAAAGUUUCCUGCUCUGCGCCGUGUGCAAGGACGAGUUCGUCCUCCAGACAGAGGCCAGACAGCUGCCCUGCAAUCACAUCUACCAUUCGGACUGCAUUCUCCCCUGGCUAUCCCGGCACAACUCCUGUCCCGUCUGCCGAUUCUCGCUCCCUACUGAGGAGCAAGAGCGUCGGCGGCCGUCGGUUAGGGUUAAUCAGCUGGAUGAAGAUGAGGAAGCCGAGGCUGAGAGAGACGUGAGGGAGGUCCACAGCAUGUUGCGCUCGAUUUUUCCUGGGAACGACCGUGCUCUGGCUGAGGCGGAGGGCGAUUUGGUGGAUAUUGGGAGCAUGAUGAGGCGUGUCAGAAGACGCCGGCUAUUGUUGUCAAGAAGACCAAGGCUAUCAGUGGCAGCAGCGUCAUCGUCCGCCCGCCUGGCUAGGGCAGAGAUGGGUUCUGAGAGCCUCUCCAGUGGUCGAGGAAGAGUGUCAACAGGGUGGCUUCUGGAUGAGGAAUCCAGUGCGAGUGAAAGUGGUUCUGGUGUUGGUGGGGAAGCCGAAGCGGGCCUUGAUAAUGCCAGAGCUUAG